GGGAGGGGGGCUCAGCCAGCCAACACUGGAUUUAAUCUAGCUGGAAGUAGCAAAGCUGUUCUUAUUUGAAAAACCACUGGGUUCUGAGUUCAUUGCUAGAGGAAAGCUCUUCUCUCCUGGGACACAGAGCACCUUGCUUCAGAGCAGCCCUACUACCUCAGGAGUCCAGUCGGUCAAACCCAUAGCAGAGGAUAAUGGCUACCUCUGCUCUGCAAUACGCUGCGCUGGUGCUUGGUGGUGCUGGCAUGGUGGGCACAGUGGCUGUCACCAUCAUGCCUCAAUGGAGAGUGUCUGCCUUCAUUGGAAGCAACAUUGUGGUCUUUGAAAACAUCUGGGAAGGACUGUGGAUGAAUUGCAUAAGGCAAGCUAACAUCAGAAUGCAGUGCAAAAUUUAUGAUUCCCUGCUGGCUCUCUCUCCGGACUUACAGGCAUCCAGAGGACUCAUGUGUGCUGCUUCCUUGCUGUCCUUCCUGGCUUUCAUGACGGCCAUCCUGGGCAUGAAAUGCACCAGAUGCACUGGGGACGACAACAAGGCGAAGGGUCAUAUCCUGCUCACUGCUGGAAUCAUGUUCGUUAUCACCAGCCUGGUGGUGCUCAUCCCUGUGAGCUGGGUUGCCAAUUCCAUCAUCAGAGACUUCUACAACCCAAUAGUGGAUAACGGCCAAAAACGUGAGCUUGGAGAAGCCCUCUACCUAGGCUGGAUCACGGCACUGGUGCUGUUGGCUGGAGGGGCAAUAUUCUGCUGUGCUUCUUGUGGCAAUGAAAAGAGCAGUAGCUAUAGAUACUCCGUACCUUCUCAUCGCACAACCCCAAAGAGCUAUCACAUGGAAAAGAAGUCACCAAGUGUGUACUCCAAAAGUCAGUAUGUGUAGUUGUGUAUAUGUUUUAACUUUACCUAUAAAGCCAUGCAAAUGACUAAAAUAUCCACUAUUUUCUAAAAAUGGAACCCAAAGGAACGUUGACUUGCCGUUCUUAACUGCAGAACAUUAAUUACAGGAACUGUGCAUCAGCUAUUUAUGAUUCUAUAAGCUAUUUCAGCAGAAUAAUGAGAUACACAGUGCUCUGAUGGUUUUAGGAAGUGCAGUCAGUUUUCUAAAAUGGUUCAUACAUCUUUCCCUUUUAUCAGUUACUUCAAAAUGACAUUGUUAAUGACUAUUAUUUUACAACUGUGAUUUCUCUAUGACAUAGCAUUCUGUAUGUAGAUGAGAGUGACGUUUAUAUCUCACAUAAAUAGAGACAGGCUUAUAUGGUUCUAUUUUAAAUGAAAUACUGAUUCAUUACACUGAAUAAACAGAAUUCAACUAUUGCUUUUCGGGGAACUCGGGGAUAAGAGUGAGGACGGUUAAUAUUAAUUGUUUAAAACCAGCUUAGCAAUUAAUGCACUUGAUUUAUAAUGAAGGUUAAAGAGAAGGCUUUAAUCAACUGUAUAAAGGAAACUAAAUGGCUUUCUGAUAUCCUGUUUUCCUAGCUUCUUUAUGCUUUUCCCCUAGAGGCUUUCUUUUUCUUGUAUAUUAAAUUAACAUCUUUUAAAAGGCAGAUAUUUUGUUAAGGAGCUUUGCAUUCAAUCAGCUUUCCAGAGGUGUGCUAAGAGGAAAGAGAAAACUGCGAUCUAUGUAAACAUGAAAGACUUCAGGAAAGUGAAAAAUAUUUUUCCUCUUCAAUUUUUGUGGUUGGAGAAAGAUACAUUUUGACAAGAAAUCCUAUAUGUGUGUGAAUAUUUUAAUAACUACUUAAAGACUUCGGGAUUUUAUCAAUAUAAAUAAGUAAUGUAUUAUAUUGGACAGAAAAGUAAUGUAUUAUGUUUUUUGCUGUCCAAAAAAUAAAAACAAGUUGUGCUUUAUGAACUCCAUCUUCUCCUAUGUGGAUUCCUAAGUCAAACUUGUCUUUUCAGUUGUCAAGAUAAAUUUCUUAUUCCAUUUUUGUUCAGUUUUACUAAGGUAUAGAAAUACAAUAUGUUUGUGUUUCCCCCAAAUUUGAUACACUUGAUCAUCCCAUUUGAAAGUUUAUUAUCUACAUUUUUCCAGUUUAAGUGACUAUGUAUGUUAUCAGCUUUAUGUCCUUUGUAUCAAUAAAUUUUUCUUUUAUAGUAAUUUGAUAUUAUUUUUCCACUAUUCUCCUUUUUUUAUUAUUAUUAACUUGUAAAGAGUUUUUGAAAACCUGAUAUUUUGGGAUACCUAAUUUUGAAAAGAAUAUCAAGGCCACAUUUGAAAGAUAAAGGUAGAUGUGGCAUUACUUUUUGAGAAAAUAAAAUACCUUAUGUCACUUAACAAUUCUAUACCUUAUAAUCAUUGAAUUCAUACACUAACUUUUGAUGCAGAUAAUGUAUUUGUAAUUUGUUAACAUAAUACCAUAGGUCUCAAAUCUAUAUACUAUAAAUAUGUAUGUAAUAGUCAUCUCUGUAAAAACUUUCCAUCACUAAAUACAGUUCUAUCUUUGAGAAGGAAUAUCAAUUAAUAAGAAUGUUGAAUGUUUGUGGGGCAUGUAUUAUGUGCUAGGACCUCUACUGUUUUAUAUGCAUUAUGUCAUUAAAUCUUUUAUGAGACUGAUAUUAGUUCAAUUCACAGAUGAGAGCAUCUCGGAACAGCUCAUUGAUUACCCAGUAGAGUCAGGACAAAAAAUAAGGACUUUCUGACUUCAUAGCUCACGUUCUUUCUCUUCAGAAAAAGUAGACUUUCUUCAACACUGUCUGGUUUAUAAAUUGAUUUUUGCAUAAGGAAAUGACAUGCAUAGCUACUGUUAGUUGGGAACAUAUUAGUGUUUUUUUCUGGGAUUGGUGAUUUUCCUGUAGCUAAGUGCUAAUUUGUCCUAGGCAAUUUUUCCUUCUGGGGUCAAAUCAUUCAUGAGAACAGAAAAAAGAGAACUAACUGAGCAGCUUGGAGAAGGAAACUCAAUCUUCUAAGUACUGGUCUUUAAUCAAACAUCCUUUAUACCUAGAAAGCUCUCUUGAUUGUCCCAAACUCAAUUUAUGAUUUCCCUCUUCUUUUCCAUAAAACAGAAUUACAACACUGGUGGUUUUCCUUAUGGCAUCAACUCUUGAGUAUCUCUGAAAUCUUUCUCAAACUUUCCACACUUAACUGUCAUCUUGUUUCUUUUCCCCAUAGUUGAAAAACCCUCUAGACUUGUGUUACUGCCUGUGGAACUUUCUUCCUGCAGCGAUCUUCCAUGUUCCCAUCUUAGUUUUUUUGAUAUAUUGCAAGUCAGGCCCCAUAACUCCCUGCAUAUAUUUCUCAUAAGAAUGCUCCAUUGCCUAUAAGGUAAAUCCAAAUGCCACAUCAGAGAACUGAUAGGAAGCGGAACCUAUCUUAUAAUCAUCACAGCAAGUUUUACAACACAGUAACAUUAGAGUAUGACCAGUUCUAAAGUUGAGGUCCAGAAACUAAAAUAAUUCACAUGCCAGAGGUCUUCUUGAACAUUCUCAAAGAGAUGCACUGGAAUUAAGAAAUGGUUUGAUUGGUGGCAAACUAUAUAUAAGAGGACAAAUUUAUAAUGUAGCUUUAUAAUGUAGUUUUAUGGGAAAACAAUGCCAGGUGAUGGAAACAACACGGAGGCAGAGGAUGAGGUUUGAUACCCUCACUUUAUAGCUCGUCCUUUUUUUUCUUCCAUAUUGUACUACUUGCUGCUCCCACCAGGAACCCCUUUUGCUGAUUCUGUGUCCAGAAUGACUCCCUCAUAUUGUAAAAACAGUUAUUAAUCUACAUUAUGUUAAGUGCUAGAGAUACAGAGUUAUUGUUUUCAAGGAAUUUACAGUCUAACAGGAAAAGAGUGAGAAAUAUAAUCUUUACUACAUGCCUUCCAUAUGUUUGGUGCUUUUUCUUUAUCAAUCCUCUAAGAAAUCUAUGAAUUACAUAUGAAAUCAUGAGAACACUGAGUCUCAAAGAGGAGAUAUAAAUAUAGAUAAUGUCACCUAUAUAGUAUUAAUCUCAAAGAGGUUAAAUAUAUGUUUAUAUCUCUCCUAAUUCAGGAACCUGUGCUCUUCCUACAGCAAUAUUGACCUCAGGCAUCUUUCUCAGACUUAACCUUCUGAACAAUAUAUGGCACAUCACCACCCUUUUCCCAAGGCUUCGCUGUGACUCCCUGAUUACAGCACUCCUUCCCGCUGAGUCCCAGGGUCAACCUAACCAUCAGUCUUUGCUACACUUUAGGUCCCCUCUCUCCCGCGUCUACAUAACAUACUGAUUUUCAGUUCCUGACAUUCAUUUCCUCUUUGCUUGGAGUGCAGUGCAUGUUUUUAGACUCCUAUCUUAGGUCUUCUAUUUUAAAUUCGCCAGCUCUUUCCUUGUCCUGAGAAGGCCUCCCAGAGCUGCCUAAACAGAACACCUGCAACCCCCUCCUCCCAAUUAUGACCUCGGUACAAUGCCAAGCAGAGCAGCAGUUGGGACCCAGCCAACAGGCAGAGAGCAUGGGGGCUGGUUUUCUGCAAAGUUUCAGGUUCUGCCAGAUUCCAGGAGGAAAGAGCAGCCCUGUGUUCAGCUCCAAGAGUAAUGAGAAACAGGGAUUCCUGGAGCAGAGGCCUGAGGCUAGGCCUUCAGCUUCCUGCUCAGGGUGGGGGUGGGGACCUGGGGUCCACCUGCUUCACAAAUUGUCCUGGGAGGAGGGAGACAUUUGUACAACUGUGUCAUUUUAUGGAGAUAAUCUCAGGGCCUGCAAAACUGGAGACUCAAGCAGAGACUGAUUCCUCCUUAAUCUGGAGUCUCUGAGAGCCCUCUAACUGAGAAGGAGGGGACAGGCCACACACUGCUGGGAGCACAAAGGUUACUUCCCAGGGCUCCUUAGAGAGGCAGCAACUUUCAGGUCACUAGGUUGCCAGCCAACACUGAGAAUUCCUGCCACCCUAGGGUUAGCUAUUACCAAUGACAAAAACAACUUCCACAAAAAAAGAGACUCAGAAUCAUGUAAGAGAACACCAAAUGGGACUCAACAGCCAGGAAAAGGAAGUGUGAGCUGAACACCCAUAACUGGCAGGCAACCUUUGAGGAAAUGGAUCUCCUGGGAGACAGGACAUCUUAUACAAACAAACAAAUAUCUGUAAGAGCCUGAGGCCAAUCAAAUUACAGAUUUAAAAGCUUUGAGUAACUAAAAUAACAUGGUUUUUACAUUUAAAAAGUCUUCAGAGAACUGAGUUGAAGGACUUCACUGCUGAGGUAAAAAUUGGAUGUUUGGAAGAGCAAGUGGACGAACAGUUCAGAACACAGCAAACACAGAAAAAGAUGUAAUUCAUAAUGAAAAAAUAUAAAGGGCUUGGAGAAUAAAUUCAAGAACCUAAGAGGCAAAUUCAGAGAGAGAGGGAUAAAAAAGAGACGAAAGCAGGGCAAUAACUUUAAAAAAUAUUGAUGCUGGAAAAGAAAAAAGCUCAAACUUGCAAAUAAAAAGGGCU